CAUCCUUGUAAGACGGCUGUGUGUCACCUCUACAACUUUCCUCUGCGGUUUCGUCUCUACAUUCGAAUUUUAAAAUUUCAUUUAAUUAAGGAACAAGUGUUUUACACUGUGUUGAUUUCUAAAACUAAAAUUAAUUAGUAGUUGCUGUUUACUAAAACAUUUGGUGAAUGUGAAUGAAAAUAUUUAAUGCAUUUGGAGAAUUGGUUUUUCAUCACGGAAAAUGAAAGGCAGGUUAAUAGCGCAUAGAAAUCAAUAGGAAGACCAUGGAAGAUCCGGAGCGAAUUGCUCGGGAGCAAGCAGAGUGUGACAUCGCCAACAACAACACGGACCCGCCUCCUGGGUUAUUCUGCAAAGGCACAUACGAUACUUGGCUAUGCUGGCCACAUACGCCAGCAAACGGCACUGCGAUUGCACACUGCCCCGAAUUUGUACCCGGAUUUAGCCCAGAAUUAUGGGCACACAAGGAAUGUACAUCUGAUGGAACGUGGUGGGAACACCCAGAUUCUGGAAAGCCUUGGUCUAAUUACACCACUUGCGUUAAGGCAGAGGAGGACGUCAGCGAAGUUAUAAUAUUGUUCCAGACAGGCUACAGCAUAUCUCUCAUUGCUCUUCUUAUCUCUCUAGCUAUUCUGUUAUAUUUCAAAAGUCUUCGCUGCGCCAGAAUAACAGUGCAUAUAAACUUAUUUGCGUCGUUCGCAUUGAACAAUGCGUUGUGGUUGGCUUGGUACGGCCUUGUAGUCAACGAUGCAGACACUCCAAAGGAAAACCCGCCCUGGUGCCAACUCCUCAACGCUGUACUCCAAUACGCUCUUCUCACCAACUACACCUGGAUGUUAUGCGAAGGAUUAUAUCUCCACACAGUUCUAGUCAGCGCGUUUGUCUCGGAGCGACGCUUAGUCAGAGUUCUCCUGGCAGCCGGAUGGCUCCUACCCAUACCUUCAGCAAUAAUUCACGCGGCAAGACGUGGGGCUGCCAACGAUCCCUUCUGCUGGGCGGAUGAAGGUGCACCAAGACCGGAGUUAGCAGUUCUAGUUCUUGCGACUGUGAUUCUGAAUCUUGCGUUUUUGUGUAACAUAGUGAGAGUGUUGUGUACUAAGUUAAGGGCGGGCGGCGGGGCGGGAGUCGCGAGGCCUUCUGCGACUGCCCUUCAUGCACUAAGGGCUACCUGCUUGCUGGCGCCGCUUUUGGGUGUUCAAUACCUGCUGACACCAUUCCGGCCCAGCCGUGAAGCCAGCUGGUGGCGGGCCUACGAGUACGUGGCAGCCAUUAUUACGUCGUUGCAAGGUCUUUGCGUGGCUGUGCUGUACUGCUUUUGUAAUGGCGAAGUGCUGGCCCAGCUCCGGAGACGAUGGAGAAUUCUCACCUUCAGGCCAAGAGCUAACUCCACUACUAAUACUACAGUCUCUUUUGUACGGUCCGGCGGGGCGGGCGGAGGCGAUGACCGCGUGUGACUGGCGGCCGGCGGCGCGGAGCCCGAAGCCCCACCGGACGAAAGACAACGCCGGAUAAGGUUCGAGGAGGACGACGACGCGCCGCCGGACGCGAAACUCAUAUGACAGUCUGAUUGUGUUCUAACCGCCUAGUCAGUGUAAUUAUUGGGAAUCCUGAAGACAUUAUGCAAACAUUUAGUGUUAACUGUUAACUGUGUUGUGUACCGUAAAGUGUAUAUUUGUGUCUUUGUCGUAAUUGAUAUGUAAAUAAAAGUAUUCAGUGUUUUUACUGUUUAUAUGUGGUAUAUCUAAGUGAAUUUAUGUCAAGAACGUGGUUAAUAACAAAAGAUCGAAUUACUUAAUGUACUUUUCUUUCAUAUAUUGUAAACACUUUGUACAUACACAAAAAUAUCGUAAAAUGCAUUUUAUUAAAAACCUUUUUAUUCUUGGACCAAAUGUAUAUAUUAUCCAUAAUAUUACAGUUCCUUCGUUGCUUAUUGUAAAAUAAAAAGAACAAUGUUAGAAAAAGAUAAUAAUUAAGUACCUAAAUGUAAACUAUACCUACAUCUAUGUAAGAAAUAAAUUGUAUAUAGCAAGAUAAUAAUGACAGGGGAGAGGAACGCUUAGAAUAAAAGUAUAAGAUAGAAACUGUGUCUAAUACCUAGUAUCUACUCUGUACCAUAGAUAUUACUGUGCCAUGUCGAACUUUCUAUAUUUUAAAAUCGUUAUUUGCAUUUAAUAAAAUCAAUGUGGUGGAAAA